AUGUCCAUCCAGAUAUUUCGGCUCAAGGAUGAUUGCCAGAUCGACAUUUCCGCCAAGGCAGUCGUCAAAGCCGCACAGGAAAAUGACGACAGCCUCAUUGUCUAUCAUCAUGAGCCGACGCUGACAGAGCCUGUGCGCUUUCGCCAUCACCAGACUGCAUACAACGCCUUUGUUGUAUGCAAGGGCAGUUUCCAGUUCUGGAAUCAUCAUCGAGGUCAUACACUAGGCCUCGGCGACUUUGUCUUUGUUCCUCCGGGAACCGUAUAUGGCUACAAGCCGCUUGAACCCCAAUCCGAGUUCAUCAUCCUCACCACCGUUCAUGACAUAGCUGGACUCGGUCGUGUUCUACGCCACGAUCACGGUAGAGAACUCCGCCUUACAUCUAGCGACCAGAGCGGAGAUGUCACAUAUGACAUUCACUUUCAACAAACUCAUCUUCCACCGGAUAUUCUCAAAGGGCUAGAAAUGGAGACGAGUUUGCCGCCAAUAUCGCAGCCGUACUUCCUUCGCAUCACCAACAGCGCCAGCUGGAUGCUUGGGGGCAUCAUUUCCCGGCCCUGCGUCACGACCGCGCAGUCAGAUGGAAGGUUCUCCAUCUCAGCGAUGGAAACCUCGUACGUCCUCACAGCGACACCGUUCGUCAACCGGUGGUGGUGUUUCACGAGAGUAGUCCACUGCUUCUACCUCAUCCAAGGUGUCUUGAAGAUCAAGUUCAAGGGCGAUGCGGAGUGGACCUUUGUGCGACAGGGCCAGGCCAUCAUGGUACCGGAGAGGCAGGAGUUCACCGCCGACCCUGGAAGCUCGCUUCUACGGUUAAUUUCCUUCUCCAACGGGGCGGGCAUCGACGAGGUGGUCUGCAAGGCUGGGUUGAAACGGGAGGAGCCUGUGUUGCCCGAGACGGCGAGUCGGUGGGAUGCUUGGGAUGAACUUCGCUUUCGGUCAGCUUGUGUAGAAGUGGGAGCUCUUAUAAGUAGUGUAUAA